GUUUUAUUAGCUUGCGGUACCUUGUUGGUUAUAUUUGUAUGUCCAGGCAAAUCAUGAGAUAACAAAAAUAUUGCUGGCAAUUCAUUGCUUUUGUCAUUAUUUUCGUCUCACGAUUCACAAUGCGAACCGCCUCAGCGUUGUUAAAGGCUCGGAUACCCCAGAACGAGAAAACUGUGUCCUUCAAGGAAAUCCUACCACUGCGACUCAAGAACCAGGUCAGUGGCAAGACGGACAAGGGAAGUGAUGUUGCGUGUCUACAGGAGAUGGCCGUUAUGUUCUCGUGCCUGAAGGCGAACGAAUUUAACGAACGGCUGUGCCCGAAGGAGGUAUCCAGCUUUAAGAAGUGCUACAAAGUGUAUAUCGAUAAGAAAGCUGUUAAUAAGGAAACUUCCAGUAAAGGAAUUUUGGUUCCCGGUAAGGAUCUCAACUACAAACAGCUGAAUAAGGUGCUGAGGCAGUUUCCCAAUGAGACUAUUAAAAAUUGAAGGUUGGCUUUCGGUAUUAGUUGAAUAAAACUCGUUAUUGCACAUA